CAUGGUAUCAGAGCAUCAAUUUGAAAUUAGGGUUUGUCUGGAAGCUGCCAUGCUUUCCCCAAAUUUGCCACUUCUGCCAUCAAGCCCCAGACAACGCCUCUUUGCUGGCCAGGACCCCGGAGGACAUCUCUCUGGUCAGCCACCACCUUCCAUAGCAAAGGAGUUGGCGAACAGAUUUUGUUCGCUGCUGUCCAGCUAGGUUUUGUGCUGCCGCCACCCUCUUCCGCUCAUCGUCAGCCAACUGUUUGUUGCCCGUGAGUUUUCGGCUGUCACAGCCCUACUGAUCUUCAAGUGGACGGGCAGCAGGAAAAGUUACCAGACAUUAACCUGUUUCGCCGGACAGCAACCUCUAUUAGCUGCUUCUUCCUCUCGCUUGCUCUAUGAAGUCUUCCGUUGCUGCUGCCUCACACCGCUGCCUCUAGCCCUAAAGCAGCGAAGUCUUCCUUUGUUGCUGUUCCCUCUCCAAGCAGCAGCAGCUGCUACUUCGCUUCACACCGCCGCCUCCCGACUUUCUGAUGUUGUUCUCUCUCCAAGCAGCAGCUGCUGCUGCAUCAUCCUUUGGCAGAAAUAAGAGAAGUCUUCCUUCUUUCAUCUUUUAUUUGACUUUUUUUGGGAUAAAGCCUCAUGGCUGAAAUAAGCUUUCUUUUGUGACGGAUAUGGUACCAGUGAUGUCUAAAAUCACGGAUUAUAAGCUAAAUAGUCUAAACUAUUUGGAUUGGAGUAAGACGGUUCAUCUUUGUCUAGGAAGUAUUGACAAAGUUGGUCAUUUGACUGAUGACCCUCAAGAUGAUUCAAAGCAAACAUGGCUUAGAGAAGAUGCUCGCUUGUUCCUUCGGAUUCGGAAUUAUUUGAUGUGUCUACUAGUUGCUCAAAUGGAUAAUCUAGAGACUUCAUCGUGUAUCAUAAACCCCCAACAUGUUAGCUUUUUGGUAAACGGGAAGGGUGUUGCAAGGAGGACAAACUCUUCAAUGGAUACAGGACCACAGUUUCCUUCAGAUAUUACUAGCAUGCUCAAAUAUGGGAUGAAUAUUCUUCAGGCUGUCGGGUAUUUCACUGCAGGUAAUUAUGUCAUAGCCAUAGCCUUUUUGAGUAUGAUAGCGACCCCGACUGCUGCAAGACUGGAAGAUUAUGUGCAGCCAGUGACUCAAACUAUGGUUUCAGAUUCUGACAUAAUUGAGGGGCCAUCAAGAAUCUCACUAAAUUGCCCUAUAAGUUUCAAGCGCAUAAAAACUCCCGUUAAAGGACGUCUCUGUAAUCAUCAUCAGUGUUUUGAUUAUGACAAUUUCAUGGAAUUGAACUCCCGGAAGCCCUCUUGGCGUUGCCCAUGUUGUAACACAUCUACUAGUUGUAUCGAGUUGCGCAUUGACCAAAAGAUAGUUAAGGUACUACAAGAGGUAGGAGAGGAUGAAACAGAUAUUGUUAUUUUCUCCAAUGGAUCAUGGAAGACAUCUUUUGAAUACCGAGGUGUCAACCAAUUGCACGGAGGAAAGUCUGGAAAGGAGGAAACAAGCAUGGAGAAUGGCACAGUCGCUUCAACUGAUGUUGUGAAUCUAGUUAUGGAAGAAAAUUACCUACCUGAUAGAACAAAGAGUCUAGACAGAGGUGAAAAUGGUAACACUGAAUUAGAAGAUAGGAAACCAUUCAGGGAAAGUAAAGAUAAUCUUGAUCCUUUGUAUAAUUCCUCAUCUGCAAAUACUUCUUUGCACCAAUCAGUUACUUGCCACACUGCAAGCAGUAUUUGUCCUAUGUCUUUGGCAAUAUCAGAUAAUGCACUGGGAACAUUGGAGUCACUUGUGCCUAGUGUUCUGCUGAAUCCUGCUCAUGCUGAUGCUAUUCCUCCAGCAGAAAAUCAGGGCACCACAGAUUUUGGAGUUUCACAUGCUUCAGUGAACUUUAAUUAUGAACCGCGAUUGUCAAAUCUUUCUGAAAGUAUGCCAUUGCAGUCAUUGCAUGCGAGAAGUUCAAUUAGUACCAAUGAAGCUGGGAGAUCUCCAAUACCUAAUGUUCCUAGAAUCCCAACAAUAACGCAUGCACUUCCUUCACAAACCCCAAGUUCUGUUUCACUUCCAAGGCUACAGACAGCUACUCCCAGUAGGUUCAGUUCAGUUAUUGGUAAUGUGCAAUUCAAUGAACUCGCGAGGGCUAACUAUGCAGCUUCAACAGCAAUGCGUUCCACGGCUCUGGGUCACCACCACCAGAGUAACACUGCAGUACAACAGGUUGCAAACCUUGCUGCAGCAAACCAUAUCAGCACUCAGGCACCUCCAAUCCAUCUGAGAGGGAUGGGCGCUUAUAGAGGAAACAACCAAUCUCAAAGAAGGCAUAGUGUCACAAAUCCAUCUAGUGCAUCACUUUCAAGUUGGGUUCAGCAACCGUCAACCAAUCCAGCACACUCAACACUAGGGCAAAGUAGUAGUAAUAUACCUUUGUCUGCUCAACGUGCUGCACAUGCACAUUCCCUCACAGCAAGAAUUCCAUCAACCAGAGAAGCAUUUUUACCCUCACUUGAUAUAGGUAGGCCGCUACCUUCAGUAUUUGAUCAUUUGCCCGACCUUCCAAUUGAGCAGAACUGGCAGCCAACUGGGCGCAUGAGAGGAAGUCUAACUGGCAAUGCCUUCCAAGCUGCCCUUAAUCAUCACACGGUUACUCAGACAUCCCAAGCUCCAAUUCCACCUUUCUCAGCUAGUGUUUCUACCAACGAGGAACAACCAUCAAUUGCCAACAUGAUAAGUUGUCAAGACAAUGAAUGGAUGACUGAUUUUAAGUGAAGAGGGGUACAAUGACUUCAUACAGUAGCUAUCUACCUUGAGUGGUGUAUAAAAAACUUCACCGACAGUUAUCAACUGUGGUCUCUUCAGGCAACAAGCUGGAGACUGAAUGGCACAUUUGUUCUCACGAUUCUCAGUUGUUUAUAACACGUUUAAGUGGACUAACAAAAUGGCUUAUAGUUUAAGAACAUGUUUAGUCUUAAGAUUAGGGGAAAAAAAGGAACAGUCAUUGAUGCUUUCUUUGCCUUGGUUCUAUGAAAAGCACUUUGAAGCCUUGACCUCCCACCUCGUUGAUUCCAUUGGUAGAGCUUGUGAUGUUGCUAAUAUUUGACACGAUGUAAAACACUUUUUUGAAGGGAGUUGUACUUCAAUGUAUGUUACACACUUGAUGUUGGAUUUGGCAUGAAACUUUCGUGAUAAGACGAUGAAUGCCAACCUUAAUUAGGGUGAAAGCCUACUUUGUCAAAUUUGUCGUGUUAUAGGGUGGCAAGGAAAUUUUGAUGGUGAUGGA